AUUUUACAAGCUAAUAACAAAUUCUUAUGGAACGAAUGCAUCAUCUUUCAAGGGGCGCAUGGAGCCUCAAAAUGACAAUUAUGAGGCGCAUGCAAACUUUUAUUGCGGCCUGACAACCGUAUUUCACUUCAGAAAUCCUCAUCUAAACGACUGUGAUUGGCCCAUCCGACAUCAGCGCAGAGAAAAGUAACCAGCACCUCGUGACAGUUCUAUGUAUGUGUUGCUUUACUAUCGGUUUGUAGAAAUUUGUAAACCCAGCUAAAUAAUAUAACUAUUAAACGUUAAAAGCAAAUGAAUUGAGAAAUACGCAGUUAAAGUGAAAAAAAGAAAAGCUAUUUCGACUCAUCGUACCUGACCAAUUAAAUACAACGCCUGGGCCACAAGCUCAGCCCAUUCAGACACUUGUGUCAUAAAAAUGUCCAUUCUGCCCAUUUUAUUAAAUUUCUAUGGCAGGUAGUUCGAUGCAGAUUCACACAACAUCGGUGCGUUUCGUGGUCUCUCGUCGUUUAGCAGAUUUGACCACGCCUUUUAUUUACAUCGCAUGUCGCUGUGUGAAUGAACACCAUGGAGAGGAGGACCACUGAAAAGCCCCUUUGCAAUGAGAGUGACAAACGCUACUAAUGGAUGAAUAAACCAAUAAAUGCAGUAUUAAUCAUAUGAAUCUGUAUCACCGCUGGGAUUAUUACGGUGAUAAUGGCAGCUGUGAGUCUGACGGAUCCGCUUUGCAAACCUUGCUCUUACAGUCCGCAUUUUAAAGUUGAGCUGUGCGUGAGGAAGCCCUUGAUGCCCAUCCACCUGAGCAGUGAGCAGGUGGCACUGGAGAUGCUGUGUCUCUGCAGCCAGCUGGACCUACUGAUCAGAGCUCAGGUCCAUCAGCAGUUUCAGGAGCAGCUCAAACAGGACACAAGUCCUAAAGAGUCUGAGUGUUUUCAAAAACAAGGGGCAGAGAUAAUAUAUCAGAUGAACCAGUGCCUUGGACAUCUCAAUGAACCGGAGCUUCAGCUUGAGGAGUAUUUGGAUGUUGUAGGAUUAUCUACUCUAUUCCCUCGAGUGGAAGUUUAUAUGAUACAUGGCAGCCCUAUUGACAUGUUGGAAAGACCACCUUCAGAUGCUUAUUUUCCUCAUAUUGGGAGGCUGAAUCAGCUGCUGGUUCUCAGUCAGCAGUUAGAUGAAGAUGUGAAGCAUCUGGGCAGUCAUAAGUACAUCGCACAUCAGCUAUCAGCAAUUUAUCAAGUCCUAAACUCUCUCAAAGAUGUUUUGCCAUUAUCCAUCAUAAGAAAGGAUAUUGAGGCUAAUUUUAAGCAGCUGAAGAUGUCUCUUUCGAUUGAGGAAGGGUCCAAGCUGGAUCCUCAGUUGCCAGCACAUCACGUGAGCUGGGUGUCAGAAUUAACACAAAACGUGAUAUCAACGGUACUGUCAAUCUCAGAAGAGCUCACCGAAGACCUCAAUCCAGUCAUGGAAUUCGUCUCUAAUCUCUCGUAACAGCUGGAUCUACAGUGCCUGAAGUGGAGGGUGACUGUGAGAAAUUGUCACGGAAUGAAGCGAUUGAAGUGAUUCCCUUGAAAAAUGUCUUUUUUGAUUUAUUCAUCUGUACACACCACAGAUAAGACUGUCAUAAUGUGAUCCAGAUAUAUUUCAACACCUUGAAAAAUUAAAAGAAAAAUGUUUACAUUCUGAGUACUACCACUUAUAAUUUAUUUUAACCAUUUUAGAUAUUUAUUAUUAAAUUUUUUUGGCAUUGUUGGCUUAUGAUUGUUGAGUUUUAAUAAACGAAGAUGAUCGUUUAAAAAAACCAAAAAAAAAAACCUUGUGCAAUAAUGUAUUUUAUAAUGCAUCUGUAUAAUUGAAGUGACUGUUGGACAUGUUCUUUCCAUUCUGUACAUGAUGGUGCUAGCAUUGUUCAUCAGCAUCACACAUGUGAUUACAUAUCCAAAAUAAACUCAAACACGGA